AAUGGAGAAAAAAUUCUUCAAAAGAAAUCCUCUAUCAUAUUAUUCUGAUGUACAGGGCGCGGUGCAGUGCAGAAGCGAGAGAACGAUAUCCAACUCGAAGGAAGGAAAGAGAAACUGGAUCUCACAGACUUGUGGAGAUCUACAGCAAAAUGACCCAUACUAUUUAUGCUUCGCAAACUGAUAUUUAGCAGGUAGGUUGAAGAGGAACAGAUCCUUCGAUAACAUUGGCGAAGUACAUUCCUGCGAUUCCAACCAUAGCCAGACGCCCGUUCUUGAUCUCGACGUCACGGCCACGUGCCAAUUGGGCUUCAGACUUGCCCGCCGAGAAGUUGAAGGGAUCAUAAAGUCCAGGGACCAUGUUCUGUAAAAUACAACACCAGAAUCACGUAAGAAGAAGUCGAUGAUCAAAUGUGAUAAUCUGCAUUACUGCACGACAUGGAAAUGAGAUCCAUUCGAACAAAACAAAUACCUACCUUUCCAGGAACUCCGCCACUCAUGUAAUGAGUUCCUCGUCGAGCGUAGAAAAGCUCGUCGUGGAAUUCAAUAAGUCCGGCAAGAAGGAGCAUUUGCGCUUUUCCCCAUCCUGGUACGGCAUCCCAAGCGGCAAGACCCUGUCCAGGGACAUCGGCAAAGUUGAGUCCGUGGGAAAGUUCUCCAGGGAAUCGGAGUCCGGCUCCAGAAGUGGCACACCAUCCAACGAAGGCAGCCAUCGCCACACGCCCGUGCUUGAUUUCUGCAUGUCGGAACCAAGAAAUAGUUUCGUCACCUCCCAACUGAGAAAGUCCAAGAGGAUCAUAGAUUUCUCCCAACUCCAAUGUGUUAGGGGUGGACAAAAUUUCGUCACGGGUGAGUUCGAUUUGGGUGACGGACUUGCUGGCACUUUGCGUAGGCGCAAAGGCAGAAGCGGAGGAGACCCCAAGGGCAAGGAAAGCGAUGGACGACUUCAUUUUGGAUAUUGCUGAUGAUUAUAAGUCACUCGCAACUUCGUAAUGGUACGAUGCUGUUGGUAUGCUUCGACUUCGAUAGCCAAACCACUGUUGAGAACUCGUGAAGAACGCAUUAUUUUUUUCACAUACCAUCAACUGCACAAAUCUUUUGACUUCAACGAAAAAAUCACCUCAUACUCUACUUACAUACCUACAUUACGUAGGGUAAUAUUUAUUCUCAUCAAAACUAUUACCAUAUGAUUCAUAUAUGAUAAACAUAGAGUAACGUCAUAAACCAUUGACAGCACAUACCUCUUAAACCAAAGCUGACAAGCUGAGCUGUUCGAAUAUGAAACUUACGUGUAAUCCCCGUCCUUUCCUCUUAUUGGACUUUUUUCUCCCAAAACAAAAUUCUCGAUUUUGCUCGAGAGAGGUUGUCGACAGCAGUACGGUAAGGUACGUACCGUACUGUACGGUACGUACUCCUAUUUUUGUACUCUGGUGGUGGCUCUAUGUCUGAUAUCAUCAGUAUCGGUACGGCACAAUCGAUUUAGACUACGAGAACCAUACCGUACAGUAUUGACGCUUCUCAGAAUUUGUUUGUUCUCCUGCCGUUUCCUCACUCUUGUCACAACAUUUAAUGCAAACCUGAUAGAAACCAUGAAAUCUUUUGCCUGCACACUCGCUCUCCUUCUUUCGGCGUCUGAAGCGUCUGCUUUCUCGACAUCAUCUUCGUUCGCGGGAUCCUCGAUUGCGACUGCCCCACAGAACAGCUAUGGCAUGUCCAUGGAGUACAUUCCUAGCGGAAUCUCAAAGGAACAAUGGAAGAAGAUGAAGGAACAGGAGAAGAACAAGACCAAGGGGAAAAAUCUAGGAGCUAGUGGAAUCACUACGUUCAAAUCCCGUUCUUUUUCUGACUGGCAAAAGGCCGGUGGUAAAAAUCUUUUUCCCGGUAAGUUUCGCGGCUUGGAGCACUACCAAACGAUUCAAGCCUUACUACGCCAGGUUUCGCAGAUAAAGUUUGUUCAUUACCUCAUUUCAUGAGUUUCCUUUUAUUAAUUUUCUAGUCGAUCCUAAAUCGGUGAAGGACCCCAAGGAUCUUCCAUACAUGCAAAGACCUGGAGGGUCUGCCGAUGAUUCCGAUCUUAAGGGCAAAAAGAAGGGCGGGUUUAGCUUUUCAUUCGGAAAGAAGAAGCCGGAACCAGAGCCUGAACCGGAGCCCCCUAAGAAGAACUUCUGGACUUUCUAAGCAGUAUCAUAUUACCGUUCCCUGCACAGAAGCUUCUGUUUGACAUGAAAUCUCCGUGACAUUGCGUUCGGACACUGAAGUAACUUAAUGAUAUAUUAGUGGAUUUUUUAGAAACAAGAUCUUUGGAAAUUUAGCAGUAUCGUCAAGCCCCUCCCGUCAGCUAAUUUCUAUUAAGACACGAAAGUGCAGAGAACAAGAUCAAAAUAAACUUUCAUUUACACA